AGGGUAUAUGUAAGUAGGGAUCCCUCAUGCCCACCCAGUAGACGAGUUCUUGCAAAUGAGAAGUCUAAUGAUACCGUCUAUCUAAAAUCAAUCAAUCUACCUAGCAACCUCUGAUGAGACCCUAAUUUCUUCAAGUGAUGUAAAACAGUGAAUAGUCUCCUCACAAAGUAAUCCAAGUCCUUCAGGUCCAUCACUUCCAAUGACAAGGUGAUGACAACUCUCAUAUUGGGCAUUGGCCUUGGAUUAUUCGUGAUUGUAACCCUCUGGCUAUCAGCGGGACUGAUAUUCGCCGUUGCUUUGAGAACUGACAAAAGAAUCGGUAGCAUUGCUGUUGCUAUUGCAGCAGUCAUUACUAUAAUUUUGGUCAGUGUGCCAAGAAGCUCUGAAUAUCCAACGCCUCAUCGAGAAAAGUCUUACGAUCACCUCUUCAUCUGGCGAGUGAUCCUCCUGACGCUUCUAGCCGGCUCCUCCCUGGUAGCUCUCAUAGCCUACAUAAAGUACGACCUAAUGGAAUCCCAGAGGCCCAGGAAGAUAACAAACUGGAUAUUUUAGUCGCCCCCACACGCUCAAUUUAUAAUACAACCAAUCAAGUUAAGUAAUUUUACCUCAAGCUUCAAAUAAACUCAACAAAAUCAUCAGCUCACCUCCGGAAGCUCAAGGCAUUCGACCACUAAGUAAAAAAGAAUCUACGAUUACCUUAAUAGUCAUAAAAAAAAUAAUACAAUGCUACAUAAAAUGCAAAACGUAUUGCACCUGUCAAUAAGAGCAAUUUCACUUCUCUCCAGAAGUAACAAAAAAUUUCAAAUAGCAGACAACACUGAGUUUGUCACGAAAGUAAUGAAUAGUAAUGUGCCAGUCAUCGUGAAUUUUCACGCCGAAUGGUGUGAUCCGUGUAAAAUAUUAACACCAAAGCUGGAGGAAUUAGUGGGCCCCAUGGAGGAUGUUAACCUCGCUAUCAUCGAUGUAGAACAAAAUCCGGAAUUGGUGCACACUUUUGAAGUCAAAGCAGUGCCUGCAGUCAUUGCUGUUGCCAAUGGCCUAGUUGUUGAUAAGUUUAUUGGGCUCGUUGAGGCCAGCAUGAUCGAGAAUUUAAUCAAGAAACUAAGAAAGCCAGGAGUCGAUGAAAAGUCUUAAUUAUUGUUGGUUUUCUCGGUUUCGUUGAAUUACACAAACGUACUCAAAUAUUUUAUUUAACUAUUGUGAACCUGCCUGUGUGACUUAGAUUUAAAGCCCAUGAGUUGCUCUUGGGGCAGUGGGCGGUAUAUCAUGGAAUGAACUGAGGAAGGCCGCGAUACGAUUAUUUAUGAAAAUUUAAUAUUUUUUUAAUCCAUGUUUGAAAAUGUUAGGGAGAUGGACGAAUUUUUGUAAAUGCAUUUUUCAUAGAUCUUUUUGUUCCCUAAAAAAUGAUUACAUGAAAACGUUGAUGUCUGUCGUUCAUUCAGCGAUAUUUCUAAAAAAGGAGAUUACAAUUUCCUGAAGAGUUUUUUGUUCAAUAAAUAAAAAAUCGAGAUAUGGCAUGUAAAUGUCUCGCAUUCUUUCGAGUUGAAGAUAUUUUUAGAGAACACAUGAUGAAUCGACUGAACAAUCGGUGCUUCUGUUGAUGUACAACUAUUGAAUAAAAUAUAUGAAUCAAGUUGAAAUCAAAUAUGUAGGUGGGAAAUUGAGUACACGUGUUCAUUUGUAAUUAUGACUAUUAUUGUGUUUUUUUUUUCUUGAAAAAUGUAACGUUUAAUUUAAUGCAAUAGUAACUCUUGUUCUCUUUAUUUUCGGAGAUAAAAUUGUAUCAUAGACUUUUUUCAUUCAUUGCCAGUGUAAUAUUUACGUACUACGGUAUAAUUACAAAAUGUUCUCUUUUCUAUGCCUCGUCUAUUACAUAUAUACACGAGAUAAUAAACAAAUAAAUCAAGA